AGUUUCGCACAACGAGCGCUACGGAAGCCGUGCGGUUCCGAGUCCUCGGUCUGUUUUCUACGACGUUCCGCUUCCUCCUCGCCAGGUUCCUCCCCCGGGCCGAGCAGAGAACCCGGCUUGAGGGUGCUCAGGGGAGAGAAACGGGGAAUAAGGUGCCGUGCGUUAGAGGACGAAAUCGUUUUUCAGACGUCCAGGAAAGUUCGCGGAAAUCUCGGCGUCAAAUCUGGGCUUUUAAGCGGACUGAAGACCAGCAGGAACGGGGCGGAGUUUCGGGAGUUCGGCCGGAGUGUGUUUGAGACUUUGCGGUUGACAGCAUCUGGAAGCACUCAGACUGAGCGGCAUCUUCUUCCACAACAGUUGCGGAGACACUUUUCCUGUCUCCGAAGGGGACAAAAAUAAAGCACGGCACGCAAGAGAUCCAGAUGCUAGUGGUGUACGUGUGUGUAGAUGUGUGACAGCGGAGUGUGUGAGGACAAGCCCCCCGCCCCCCCUGUCAGGAUGAGCAGCCAAGGAGGAGGAGCCAAGGACCCCCAGUCAGCCAAUCCCAGCUCUCGGCCGCUGCCCUCUGUGCCAGAGGAGAGGAAGUCCAGAAACAAGAUCAUCUCCAUGUUUGCCUCUGAGAAAGGAGGCAGGAAGAAGGACCGGGACAAGGACAGACCUGAGAUAUCCUCCCCGUCGGACUUUGAACACACCAUCCAUGUGGGCUUUGAUGCUGUCACUGGAGAGUUCACUGGCAUGCCAGAGCAGUGGGCCCGUCUCCUUCAAACCUCAAACAUCAGUAAAUCAGAACAGAAACAGAAUCCUCAGGCCGUCCUCGACAUUCUCAAGUUUUAUGACUCCACCAGUGGAAAACAGAAAUACCUCAGUUUUUCCGCCUCGGAUAAAGACUCACAAUCGCUGGGCAAGCAGGGUACGGUGAGCUCCCCAUCAGGUGGCAAGGAUGGCGACGAUGAUGACGAUGACGAUACACCACCUCCAGUUGUGGCCCCACGGCCAGAACACACAAAAUCAGUGUACACAAGGUCAGUGAUAGAUCCUCUCCCAGCUCCAGAGGGAGACACCUCUAAGGCAGCUGACAAACAGAAAAAGAAGGGAGGCAAAAUGACUGAUGAGGAGAUCAUGGAGAAACUAAGAACUAUUGUCAGUAUUGGAGAUCCUAAGAAGAAGUACACUCGCUAUGAGAAGAUCGGCCAGGGUGCGUCUGGUACAGUUUACACAGCCAUAGAUGUUGCCACAGGACAAGAGGUGGCCAUCAAACAGAUCAACUUGCAGAAGCAGCCGAAGAAAGAGCUAAUUAUCAACGAGAUCCUGGUCAUGAAGGAGCUGAAGAACCCCAACAUUGUCAAUUUCUUAGAUAGUUUCCUUGUAGGAGAUGAGCUUUUUGUGGUGAUGGAGUACCUGGCUGGUGGCUCCCUAACCGAUGUUGUGACGGAGACGUGCAUGGACGAUGCUCAGAUCGCCGCCGUCUGCAGAGAGGUCCUACAGGCUCUGGAGUUUCUUCACGCCAACCAGGUCAUCCACAGAGACAUCAAGAGUGACAAUGUGCUGCUGGGGAUGGACGGAUCAGUCAAACUCACUGACUUCGGCUUCUGUGCCCAGAUCACUCCAGAGCAGAGCAAACGCAGCACCAUGGUGGGGACACCAUACUGGAUGGCUCCAGAGGUGGUUACUAGGAAAGCCUACGGACCCAAAGUGGACAUUUGGUCUUUGGGGAUUAUGGCCAUAGAGAUGGUGGAGGGAGAGCCUCCAUAUCUCAACGAGAACCCUCUCAGGGCAUUGUAUUUAAUUGCCACCAAUGGGACUCCUGAGCUGCAGAGUCCGGAGAAGCUGUCUCCUGUCUUCAGAUCCUUCCUGUCCCGCUGUCUGGAGAUGGACGUGGAGAAGCGAGGAUCAGGCAGAGAACUGCUACAGCAUCCAUUCCUGAAGCUGGCCAAGCCUCUGUCCAGCCUCACCCCGCUCAUCCUGGCAGCCAAGGAGGCCAUGAGGAGCAACCGCUAAAUCCCAGUCUCUAAAGACUAUAAGACCUGACGCCAAUGACAUCCAAACAAGCCAGCAUCUUCUCCUGGUCUACGUAUGAUGAUCAUCAGCGACCUGCUAGUGUUUGUGUUUUUUCAAAGGUUCAUAAAUUGCAUCUCCUCUCUUGCCAGUGUUUCUGUCCUGAAGCCAUAUUUAUCUUACCUUUUGUGCCUUGUUCCAAAGCUGCAUACAACCGUAGCGUGUUCUCUCUUUGGUGCAGCCAUAGCACGUGUGUGCUGUUGAUGUUGACACUGGUUUUUUUAUACAUAUCAGGAAUGCGAGACUAUUGUUGCAAAGGUUCAAGACUCUUUGCACACCAAGGCCACAUUCACAAAGGAUCUUAUCUUACCACUGGGAGUCCUCCUAAAAGGCGCUAAAAGUUCCUAGCUCAAGUUUCCUCUUAAGACCCGUUUACAAAGCUUAGGAGAGCUGCCUUUACUGUGGAAAUGAGGAACUCCUUAGAGGAAGAGCAAGGGGCAGGGGGGGGACCUGUUGCUAUGGAUGACAUCAGUGCUUUGUCCCAAUUCCAUACUACAUACUAAUUAUAAGCAGCUUGUGAAUAUGUUGUGUGUUCAUACUGAAGCAGUGCCAAAAUAAACUAAACUAUGCUCAAACAGUCAGUAUGCUGACUGAAAAAAAACAAUUCUUGAUUUCUCAGUGUGAUGAGAAAUCAAGAAUUGGUGAAAACAGCUCCAGAAACAACUUUAGAAAACAGGAAAUAACUAUUCCGUUUUUUGCUUUCUCUUUGUGAAGGUUAAUUGGAGGCGGUAUGUCAUGCAUGCUAUCUGAUUGACAUAAUAAUUUCUUGUUAUUAUACAACAGUUAAGUAUGUUGAUUUCUCAUGUACUAACUGCAAAAACAGUGUACUAUAAUAUUUAGUAUGCACUGUAUAGCGUCAGUGUGUAGUUUGAAAUUGGGACAUUGGAGCUUAAGUUUCAUGAAUGAACUGAAUCCUUAGAUUGUUUGGUUGACAGGUGACCGGUCAGUGUCAGCUAAAUGAAAUAUACUGUCAAUAUCCAGGAACAUUAGAAACAAAUGAACAACAAAUGAAAAUAUAGAUAGACAGAGAGAUAGAUACUCUUUAUUUACUUAAUGCUUAUUUAAUGUAUUCUUCAUUAAAUGUUGAACAGUAAGAUCUGUUCGGUUCUUCAGCACUGCAUCUGACUUGUUUUGAUUUGUUGCUGAGCUGACUGGAUCUUUAUUAACUUGCCAGCCAUCAAUAUAGGCUUUUAUAAGUUCAUUAUUGUGUUUUUUGCUGCAUUACUUUAAGCAGGUCGUGACCCAUGCGUCCUCUGGACUGCCUCUGCCUUCUCACAGACGUAGGAACUAGGUUUGAGCACUGAAUUGCUCUGUGAAUUACUCUUAGACUUAAACAAAGAUGUUGGGGUCUUAAAGUUUGGACUGACACAGCCCUUCAUUUCCUUUCCUUUCCUUUAGAGUUUCCUCUAACUCGACCAGUUAGAAGCUACAUUUAGCCUUAGAAUUAGGACUGCAACUAACAAUUAUUUUCAUUAUCGAUAAACGUGACAAUUUUUUUCUCAAUUAAUAGUGGUCUAUAAAAUGACUGUUCUAUACUUUACUAUUUUAUUUGAUUUUAUUUUACGACCAUGUCAUCAAAUUACUUGUUUCGUCUGACCAACAGUCCAGAAUCAAAACAUUUUCAGUUUAUUAUCACAUGAGAUUGCGUUUCCCGAACUUGUUACCUCUUAAAAAAAAAAAGCAGUGUCUAAUUGCAGUCAGAAGUCUAUAAAUUACCAAUUUUGACCUCUAAUCUUCACUUCAUGUUAUCUCAUUUGAAUACGUUUUUGAGGCCCAGAGAGGUAAAACUAUACAAGCUUUUCAAAAAAAAAAAGCAAACAUCGGAGA